GCAUCAAAGCUCUCUGAAAGCAAAAUGAUCACCGCCAUCCUCUCCGACCAAUUAACUAACGAGCUCAACACAUCGAGCUCCGGCGGGAAACGAUUCGCAGAAAUGGUGAAGGAGAUGUUGCAGAACCCGCUGGACCCUCACAGUGUCUGCUUCUCCGCCGUGCCCAGGUGGCUGAGCGCCGCCAAGCCGGAGGCCUUCGCCCCUCAGCUGAUAGGUUUGGGGCCAUACCACCACAUGAAUCCCAAGUUCUUGGAGCUGGAGAGGUUCAAGCUUCUCGGAUUGUCGAAUGUUUUGAGGAAAAGAGGCGUUUCUUUCGAUGACUUAGUCGGGAAAGUGACCAAGUUUGAGAUCACCAUCCGCGGGUGCUAUCACAGGUUCUUGGAUCUCGAUGGCGAUACGUUGGCGUCGGUGGUAGCCAUUGAUGGCCUCUUCUUGAUCGACUUCAUGUCUCACCAUUCUCAAGCAGACGAUGGUGACGAGAAGAAAGAUUCAUCCAAACGUAGCAAGAGGGCUUCGGACGGUUUAAUGUUCGCCUCCAAAAAGCUUACAAAGAGCGGCAUCAUCGCUGACGUCCUGAUGCUCGAGAACCAGUUCCCAAUCAAACUCCUCACCAAACUCUGCGAGACUUUAUCAUCAACCGAAGAGGAUACACAACAUCAUCUUUCCGAAAUGUACAGAUCCUUCGCCAGCUUUACUGAGAAAAUAUCUCCCCUCAAACUGGCCACAAUCUCCUCAUCAAAUCCCGACUUUUUCAACACACAAAUCCAUCUGUUAGAGUCUUUGCACACUCGGAUCUCCCCGAACCCAGAAAAGCACGCUCAGCAUUUCGAAAUGGAGCUGCCCGAGGCCGCCCAAGAACCGUCUGCCGUCACCGGAAACUGGCCCCAGCUUGCCGAGACAAUAGGAAGGAUUUUCCUGCCCUUAACCAGCCUGUUCAGGGUUCUUCAGAAACACAUCAGGCUUCUAUUAUCUGCAAUUCCGUGGAACCAGAUUCUGGGCCUUGUAUGCCCCCCAAAAUCCGGCGACAUCGACGUGGAAAACCCGGUACUCGAGAUCGCCAUCCCGUCGGUGACCCAACUGGCCGACGCUGGCGUCAAAUUCAACCCGGUGGAGGCCAUCAAAGACAUCAAAUUCGACCCCAAAACCUGCAUUCUUCACCUCUCCGCCAUCAAACUCCGAUCAUACACAGAAGUCGUGAUCCGCAACCUGAUCGCCUUCGAAGCGACGCACGAUUCAGGAACCCAGGAAUUCGCCCGAUACGUCGACAUGAUGUGCGGCAUGGUGGACACCGCCGGCGACGCGAAGCAACUCCGGGAAUCGAAGAUCAUAGACAGCAAGCUGGGCGAGGAAGAAAUCGCUGGGCUCUUCAAUGGCAUAAGCAGGUUUCGGGAGAGGCCGAAGGAGGAGACGAACGUGACGAACGCCAUUUACGGGGUGAACGAGUACUACAGCGGGACUUGCAGGGUGAAGUCGUACGAGAUGAUGAAAAAGUACGUGUUCGCUUCGUGGCGGAUUCUGGCGGUUUUAGGGACGCUUGUGGGUCUAUCGCUUAUGGGUUUGCAGUCGUUUUGCCAAGUCUACGGCUGCAGUUAUCGGUUUUUCUCGCAGCCACAGCCCGCGGCAGCUGCUGGUUAAUCUUGUUGUAAUGCUGCCUGCCAUUGCCCAAAACGUUUCUUUAAUCAACUUUUAGAUACGAGUUAAAUUAGGAAUCUCAAACAAAUCAGGUGGCAGCUGCCGGAUACAAUCCCAUACGUACGGUGGGGGUUGUGUCUGGUGAAGGUCCGUAACCUGGCACUAGCAGGGUUUAGCCCACAGGCCCAACGACCUUAAAAUGAUUCAAUUUGGGGUGGGCCCUUAGUAAGUGGCCCAUAUACCAUUCGUCGCUCCGUCAACAGAAUUGAUCCGACAUAACUCGUUUUGCGCCUCUACCUUAAGCUGUAGUUUGUAUCUUA